CAGGGGCGACAAAAAACUGCAUAUAAAAUCACUGGAAUGCCUUCUCAUCAUGAUAUUCUUCAAACAACGUCUUCAACCUCAAUUACAUCCAUACAAUAUGCGCCGAUCGCUCGCCCUAUUUAGCGCAAUCGCCCUUCUGGGUUACACCUCUGCAUAUGAUUCUCCUUGCUACGAAACCGAGUGUGGCGGCAAAUGUGCAUCAGGAUGGACUCAAAUGACCACAAAGCUCUCUGAUGCAAAUAUGCAGAACAAAUGCGAUAUCGCCAAGCCGCGUGCACUCUGCUGUCCUUCAGCUGUUGCGCCUGAUCCAAAGAAAUGUCGCUGGGCCUACAACGACCCCCGUGGAAAACCGAGAACAAUCUUUCAAUGCUUUGGAUACUGCGGCCUCGGUGAAACGCUGUUGACCAGAGACACUUACGGCGCAGGGACACUCCAAGAUGGACUGGGUCACGCAUUAACCUGCACUUCCGAUAGUCAGGCCUACUGCUGCAGUGGCGUCGUGAGCAUUGACCAGGCGACCUCACAAGGCAACUGUGCUUGGUAUGGCAGUGUACCCGACUGCGGAGACAAUCGCUGCCCCGACAACAAAAUUAUGAUCAAAACAGACCAACAAGGUGAUGCGAGCCAGACUUGCAACGCCCAAAUUCGACGAGCGCAGUGCUGUGAUCAUCCAGGAAACCUACCAUUCUAUCAGGCAAUUGGUCAGAAGCCACCAACGUCUUCUUCGUCGACUGUUGUACGCACAUCUUCUACCAAAGCCAACCCUUCAGCCUCUUCACAGUCAAGUUCGAGAACUUCGAGCAAAUCAAGUUCAUCUAGCUCUUCCCAAAGGGUGUCACAAUCUACAUCCAAGACUACCUCAUCCUCUCAGUCUAGUUCAAAGUCAUCGACGCUUUCUACCCAAUCUACCCAGAAAUCUUCGUCAUCGUCACAAACAACUAGGCCAAGCUCGACAUUGAAGACUUCAACGAGAAGUAGCUCUUCACAACAAAGUUCAUCAUCGAUUAUCCCUUCCUCAAAAUCCUCGGUGUCCACCAAAAUUUCGAGCUCUCAGUCGUCAUCACACAUAAGCUCGAGCUCCAGCUCUCACUUCAGUUCCGGACAUUCAUCCUCAUCCAUUACCACGCAAAAAUCGUCAAGCACUUCGCACACUUCGACUAGCAGUCACUCAUCUCCCAGAAGCGAGGCUUCCGCAAGUCCAUCCAAAACCACUUCAAAACCUACAGCAGCACCCACUUCUACUAAUCAAGCUCAAGACUCUGUAUCUAAAGCAGACGACGAAGUAAACAAGGCCAAAGAUGACGCGAAAAAAUUCUCGGAUGAUCCUUCUCAGUCCAAUAAAGACAGAGUACAAAAGGCGGUCAAAGACGCCCAGGAUGCUACCCAAAAAUCGAAAAUAGACGCCAAGAACUCUGGAUUCGAUGAUAAUCUCCUUAAGAAACUAGACGACGUUCUCAGCAAGCUGACCGAAGCAGCGUCAGCCCUGGAAUCAAGCGCAGCAACAGCUGCCACCGCCGCUACAGUGGCUGAAGCUAUCGCAGCGGCAGCGGCAGCAGCAGCUGCUGCAAAAGAGUUAUCGAACCAGCAACAACCGACGAAGAAACCAUCCGGGAGCACAGAAACCACGAAAGCUCCUUCAUCCACUGCUCAAAGCAGCAGAAGCACAAGUUCCUCUGCAUCAUCCUCGUCGUCCUCAGCCUGCCCAUUCUGUGUCGGUUGCACCGCCGAUCUUGAUGCCGCGAAACGCUCCGUUUCAAAUCUCGACGCCCCUGUUCCGAACAAUCUCCUCAAACGCGGUACCGAUAAGAAAAUUGUUCCUUACUGCAAGAUCAAUGCUCAGAGUUUGUCAUAUACUACUGGAAAUCAAAAUAACAAAUUUCGCAGCUAUGGAUUCUCUUACAAAAUCAACAGCUGCACUUGGGACUUUGAGUUUAAGACCGCUGCCGCAGGGACCGCCAUUGGCAUCAAGAACGUCGCCCUAGAAACCGAACACGUUUUUGAAGCAAAACUAAUCCCAAUCUUCUUAGACUGGGUAUGGGCAAAAUACGGUACCAAAAACAAAGAUAAAUGUGCGCAGCAGGAGAUUAUGCAAGACAACAUCCUCAUAAGUAAUAAGAAGUUCCGAGGAUCCCAGACGCCCAUCUCCAUAUUCAAAGACAACAGCCCCUUUGAUGAACUCGCAAUAAAUCUGUCUAAUGACGAUAGUAAAUUACCAGACGGCUCUUCCGAGCUCAUCGGUCUCCAAAAGUCCCUGAACGGCCUCAAAGAGAACGUCUUAGCUCUUGACGACCUGAGCGAUCGCCCCUUGUGGAACAAGAAGCUCGAAAGGAUUACCGAACUAGCUAUGCUAUUCGAAUACCUCACUCGUCCUGAAGUCGCAGAAAUCUACAAAGCAACUUCUCAGCGUAUGCAUGACACCCUUGUUAAGGUCGAAACCGAAGCGGCGAAGGACACUAAACCACGCCCUGCGGGUUUGAAUUGGGCCGAUGCAUUCCGUACUUGGGAAAGAGAGCAUUUGACCGAAGUUGGAGAGAAGGUCGCCGAUUACGUGGACAGAAAUAAGAAGGCGGUUAUCAAAGACAUCAAUGGGAAUACCAUGUUGGGUGUGAAUAGGAAGAAGUUUGUUACUGAUGGUGUUGAGCCAAAGUUCCAAGCUGUGAGGGGGGUGGGGACGGUGGGGAUUGCCGGAAGAUCAGUUUUCACUGGGUUGGUUAGGGCGUGGACGUGA